UAAAAAUCACUUUGAACAAAGAAAGACUUGUCAACUACCACCUAAACCCCAAACGAAAAAACGCAAAAAAAAAAAAAGAAAAAAGAAAAAUAAUCCAGAGCUUUGCUCUAAAGUUCAGAGCAUUGAAACUUUGUUACCUCAACUUUUCAGUUUACAAAUUUCAAAAUUUUUAUUUUAAUUUUUUCGCAUCUCCACGUGAAAUCCGACAUCCCUUCAUCAUCUUCUUCCUCAGCCAUGUCUCUUCCAUGCAAUAGAUUCACUUCAAAACCUCCUUAAAAAUUCCGAUUCUUAAAAACAGUUUCUUAGUUUAUCCACACACUCAUUUAUCAAAAACCAAAAUGGUUUUCCCUUCAUCAUAACCCUUCUUCUUCCCGGCGAGUACUUCAAAAGCCACGUGGCAACGGCGAUUCAAAAUUAGGGUUUUUUUUUUGUUUUUGUUUGGUUUUUUUUGUUUUUUAAUUUUUGGUUUAGAAUUAGGGCUUUGAAGAGGGAGAAGGAAAAAGAAAUGGAGGAAUAUAAUAAUGAUGUAAAUGAAAACUCAAAUGGGAGAGGGAAUUUCUUGUAUGGAUCAGGGAAUUCUUCAUCAAGUAAUUUCGGAAGAUCAACGGCUGAGAUGAAUGUUAAUAAUUUUCAUCUUCAACAAGGAGCCGACUGUUUUCAAACACCUCAUCAUCAAUCGAUUGUCAAGACUGAAGCUACUACUUCACAACAUCACCACCUUCUCAAAUUCCAUUACCCUUUAAUCCGACAACCACCACCACCACCUCAGCCGCAAACGACAUGUCGUCCCGAACAAAACGGUGUCGUUGAUUUUGAAGCCAUUAAGGCAAAAAUCCUUGCUCAUCCUCAAUACUCCAGCCUCCUCGAAGCCUACAUGGAAUGUCAGAAGGUGGGUGCUCCGCCGCAAGUGGUGGAGCGGCUGGUGGCGGCCCGACAAGAAUUUGAAGCACGACAGCGAUCUUCCAUGGUUUCUGGAGAGACCAUUAAGGAUCCAGAACUUGAUCAAUUCAUGGAAGCUUAUUAUGAUAUGUUGGUGAAAUAUCGGGAAGAACUCUCAAGGCCGAUUCAAGAAGCUAUGGAUUUUAUGCGAAGGAUUGAAUCUCAGCUUACAUCUCUCUGUAAUGGCCCAGUUCGGAUCUUCAAUUCUGAUGAGAAGUGUGAAGGAAUGGGAUCGUCUGAGGAGGAACAAGAAAAUAGCGGUGGAGAAACCGAACUACCGGAGAUCGAUCCACGGGCUGAAGAUAGAGAAUUGAAGAACCACCUACUGAGGAAGUACAGUGGUUACUUGAGCAGUCUCAAGCAAGAACUUUCUAAGAAAAAGAAAAAAGGAAAACUCCCAAAAGAAGCAAGGCAAAAACUCCUUAAUUGGUGGGAGUUACAUUACAAAUGGCCAUACCCUUCAGAGACGGAGAAGGUGGCAUUGGCUGAAUCCACUGGGUUGGAUCAAAAGCAAAUAAACAAUUGGUUCAUUAACCAAAGGAAGAGACACUGGAAACCUUCUGAAGAUAUGCAAUUCAUGGUGAUGGAUGGCCUUCAUCCUCCCAGUGCCGCACUCUAUAUCGACGGUCACUACAUGACCGAUGGCCAUUAUCGGCUCGGACCGUAACCGACCGUAAACACUGCUAAAAGUAUAUGCAGAUUUGCUAUGAAAUAUUCAACAAGGUUAAUUUCUUUUAUAUAAUACCAACCAAAUAGUGUGACAAAUAAUAAUGAUAUGUGUGAUUUUAAGAGAUGAUAUAUGCUUAAGUUUAUCUUUUU